CAAUAUCUAGCAGCUUAAUUAGAAGAAAUGGCUUCUCCUUCAUCUGUUCUCUUCAUUGGUUUCAUGACAUUCUUGAUAAUGACUCUGUGUAGCUUGCCAUCUCAAGCUCAGCUUUCUGAUGAAACCUUCUAUGCCUUGUCAUGUCCUGCUGCCCUAGCAACUAUUAGCACAACUGUUACUCUAGCCGUCUUGAAUGACACCAGAAUGGCUGCUUCGCUCAUUCGUCUUCAUUUCCAUGAUUGCUUUGUCCAGGGUUGUGAUGCCUCAGUUUUGCUGGAUGACACACCAUCAAUGAUUGGCGAGAAAACUUCAAUCUUCAAUGACAAAUCUCUCAGAGGAUUUGAAGUCAUCGAUAAUAUCAAAUCUCAGCUGCAGAGCCUAUGUCCAGGAGUUGUUUCAUGUGCUGAUAUUGUUGCAGUGGCAGCUCGUUAUGCGUCUGUUGCCGUUGGUGGACCGACAUGGUCUGUGAAUCUUGGAAGAAGAGACUCCCUCACCGCAAGCAAAACCCUGGCUGAUAGCAGCCUUCCUCGCUUUACAGAUUCUGUCCAGCAACUCACUGACUUGUUCGCUAGCAAGAAUCUUACCCAAAGACAUAUGGUUGCCCUCUCAGGGUCGCAUACAGUUGGGCAAGCACAUUGCGCCACCUUCCGUGAUAGGGUUAACAGCAACACGAGUGAUAUUGAUUCUGAGUUUGGUAGGAGUCUAAGGGAAGAUCUUCCAUGCCCAGCUGAUGGCUCAGGGGAUGGAAAUCUUGCACCAAUGGAUUUAGUGACUCCCAAUACUUUUGAUAACAGCUUCUUCAGGAAUCUUGUUAAUAAGAAGGGCCUUCUUCAGUCAGAUCAGGUUCUUUUCAGCGGUGGUGCUACAGACAGCAUUGUUAUGGAGUACGUGAACAACGCUGUAACCUUCAGAUCUGAUUUUGCAGCGGCCAUGGUUCAGAUGGGAAAAAUAAGCCCCUUAACUGGUACUCAAGGCCAGAUACGCACUUUCUGCAAUGUCGUCAACUGAUCUACCAUUCAAGUUUAUGUCUCAAAUUCAAUUGUGCCGUGCAGUGAUACAUACACUAUGUCAGCAAUUAACUAAAUAAUCGAUUCCUACUGGGAAUUUUGUGUUUUUUAAAGUCGUAGGUCAAGACUCAAGAGUAAGGCAAAAGCAAGUGUAUAUUGUGUUGGAGGUUUUCCAUUGUAUUAUUAUUAUUUAAAAUAAAUAAAUAAAAUAGUUGUUUUUGUUUUUUUUUUUUU